AUGGGUGUCACCAAGCAGAUCAUCAAGCAGGGCGACGGCGUUAACUUCCCCAAGAACGGCGACAAUGUCACCAUGGAGUACACCGGCUGGCUCGAGGAGAACGGCGCCAAGGGCAAGCAGUUCGACUCCUCCGUCGGUCGUGGUGACUUUGACGUCCCCAUCGGUACCGGCAGAGUCAUCAAGGGCUGGGACGAGGGUAUUGUCAGCACUGAUGGUGGCAUGUCCCUCGGCGAGAAGGCCACUCUUACCAUCUCCAGGUGCGCCCGCUCCUCUGACUCUAUUAAUACCCCCAAACUGAUCAUUUCACNNAGUGACUACGGCUACGGUCCUCGCGGCUUCCCCGGUGCCAUCCCCGGCGGUGCCACUCUGAUCUUCGAUGUCCUUCUCAAGAAGAUCAACGGCAAGAGUGCUUAA